AAAGUUUCAACAAUACAAGUUGAGUUUCAGAGCUCAUUGAGAUAGUAAAAAAUCAAAACAACUCUUUGUAAUCUACUAAUUAAACCACUACUACUAACUUUACUUUUAACAACUUUGACUUUUCUACAUUUCAGUGAAAAAUUUUCUUGCAUUACCACAAAUAAUCAACAUGAACAAGCAAUUGUUAUUCGCUCUUUUCGCCUCAACUCUUAUCCUUUGUGUUCAAUUUGUCCGUGCCGAAGAGGAAUUCGAUGCUGAGGAAACUUUCGAUGGCGAAGAAGACGUAACUUUGGAAAGAGCAAGACGAGAUGUAUCAGCUGAUUUAGAAGGUGCCGAAUCAGGAAUCGGUGGUAAAGCUGGUGCAGGACUCGGUGCUUAUAAAGGAGCAGCGGCUGGUGGGGCAGCUGCCGGUUUUGCUGGUGGAAAGGCUGGAAAAGCUGGUUAUGCCGCUGGUGCAAAAGGAGCAAAGGGAGGUGCAGCUUAUGGUGCUAAAGGAGCUGUUGGUGGAUCAAAGGGUGCUGCUUCUAAGGGGGGUUUCUCUUCUGGUGCUUUCGGUAAAAAGUUUGGUUCCAAGGGAGGUUUCUCUAAGGCUGGAGGAGCUGGUUACAACAAGAAGUUCGGAGCAGUCAAGAAGUUCGGAAUGAGCCAAGGUUUCAAAUUCGGCAAAUCUGCUGCUCAUGGUGCUGCCGGUGGUGCUGUUGGAGGAAAAGCAGCUAAAGGUGGUUUUGCUGGUGCUGCUGGAGCCGGUGGAUUCAAGAGUGGAGCUACUGGUGGUAAAAAGGGAUUCGCUACUGGAGCUGCAGGUGCAGCCGGUGGUAAAGCCGGUGCUGCUGGUGCUGCUGGUUUCAAGCAGGCUGCUGGUGCUGCAGGAGCCGCAGGAGUCAAAGGAAUCGGUGGUAAAGCUGGUUACGGAUUCGGUCGAUAAGCAAACAAAAUUGUAACUUAAUAAUUCAAGUGUUUAAUAUCAAGACAAAUCGAGUUAAAGACAAGACAAAUACAUUUUUGUAAUUUCGUCCUAUUUCUGUGUAUUGUGUAAAGCUAUAAUAUGCCAAAAAAGUACCUAGUUGUUCUGGACUUAAUCUGAUGAAAGGUGCACAGUCAAAGUUGUUAAAAAUUUUAGUAUUUAGUGUUUAAUAAAGACUGAAAAUAACAUUUAUCGGUCAAUCAA